AUGAGGGAAGAAGAAGACAGGAAGAGAAAACGACAGGAAGAAAUUCAACGACAGGAGUGGGAACAAAAAUUUGAAGCUUUGGAGCAAAAAAAAAGAUCAGAGUCAGAAUCAAAGGAAACUAUUGUCAGAAAGCUGGAGGAGAGCAGAGAGGUGAUGAGGAAAGAACGAGAGAACUGGGAGAGAAAACAAAAAGAAUGGUGGGAGAAACGAUAUGAAGAAGAUGAACAAAGACAAAAGGAGGAGCAAAGAAGACUUAGAAGGCUUCGAGAAGAAUACGAUCAGGAGAGAGAGAGAUAUGAAAAGAAGAGAAAAGAAGAGGAGCGACUCAGAAGAGAACAAGAGGAAGACAUGGAGGAGAACUAUAAGAAGAAAAUGGAGAAUCUGAUGAAGACACAUGAAGAGGAGGCCAGAGAGAAAGCUGAAGAGUUCAAUGAAUUGAAAGAGAAAUACAAGAAGGAAUGUGCAGCUCUAAAGCAGGAGCAUGAGAGACAACUGAAAGACAAAGAGCAGCAGUAUGACCUCUUAAAGGCUCGUUCAGACAGCAAUGAAGAACAACUGAAAGACAAAGAGCAGCAGUAUGACCUCUUAAAGGCUCUUUCAGACAGCAAUGAAGAACAACUGAAAGACAAAGAGCAGCAGUAUGACCUCUUAAAGGCUCUUUCAGCUCACAAUGAAGAACAACUAAAGAAAAAACAUCAAGGUGAAAUUUCUGACUUAGUCAAAUGUGUGACCAAAAGGAGAGAAAAUGUGGGAAUAAUCACUGACUUACUGAAUAAACAGGAACAAGAAAUGAAACAGGUGAGAAACGAGGAGGAGAAGAAGGAUCUGCAGAAAACACAUGACAGAGAGAUGAGUGACCUGAUACAGACACUUCUGACACAAGACAACCGUCAAUCUGUUGGACUUCAUGAGGACUUGUCUCAUGUAAAUGUGACAGCAGAGCAGGUUCAGAUGAUUUUAUUCUGCUGUUAUUUGGUUUCAAUAAUCAAUCAAUCAGUCAAUUUUAUUUAUAAAGCCCAGUAUCACAAAUCACAAUUGUGACAUGCAGUA